GUUAUACGCCGCGGCCACCCCAGUACAGUGCAGGUGUUCGUACCGAGCGGUCGAUCGCGUGUGAGUUCCACGAGUUUAGUGUAGUGGUGUGCGUGUGUAUGUAUGUGUCCAGUGCGUACGCGAGUGUUGAGAGAAAUUAAGGAGCGGAGUAGUGUACAAGUAGCACGAAUCAAUUCAUUCCUAAACCUGGAAGUGUUUGCGUUUUGCGCGAAAAGGAAGUGAAACGACGAGUACCAUGGCUAUGAGCAAAGCGAUACGGGUCUGUGGCCAUCUUAGGCAGUGGUCCGGCAGUGUUGUACCGUCGCGGAAAGUGCAGCUACACCCCUCCGCUACUCUACUGUACAGUGCCACAGCAGUGUCCCCGGACGUACGGCAGUUUGCCACCAGCAGCGGUCGGCAGGAAAAGUUGGCCACCAAGAGCGUCCAGAAGCAUGACUGGAACCGGGCCGUUAGUGAGGCGGAAAAGAUUGUCGGCUAUCCGACGUCGUUCCUGAGCCUGCGGUGGUUACUGAGCGACGAGAUCGCGAACGUGGCUCUGCAUCUGCGGAAGCUGGUCGGGAGCAAUCAUCCACUGCUGAAAACUGCCAAAACUUUGAUUUAUAACGACAAAAAUCAACAGGCAUGGGGACUGAUCGUGCUGCUCGUGUCGAAAGCGGCCGGACAUGUGGCCAACAUACCCGACAUGGAGCAGGACAAGAGUGCCGGUGUGCUACAUUCGCAGCGUGCGCUGGCCGAAGUCACGGAGAUGAUCCGUACCUCGCAUCUCGUGCAUCAGGGCAUGCUUAAUCUGCAGUCGUUCGAUAACGCCGGUAAUGAUCUGAGCGGUGACAGCGAUAUGAUCUUCGGCAACAAGAUCGCGCUGCUCGGUGGUGAUUAUCUGCUUGCGAAUGCUUGUCAGCAGGUGGCGACGCUAAGGAAUCAAGACUUGAACAUGCUCAUUUCGUCCGCGUUCCGAGAUCUUGCCGAAUCGAACUUUAUCGGUGAACGGGAUGAACAGAACAACCCGCUGCCAACCAAACCGAGUGCCCUCGCGAAGGAACUGGCAACCGAUGUGAACAGUUUGGACGAUUUGGGUUUCGGCGAUCUGGAGGAUAAUACCGAACCGAUGAAGAUUGACGGUGUGGUUGGCAAUCCCGAAAAGGAAUGGUCACUGCGACACGUGCUCGGCGGUGGUAGUCUGCUGGGGAAGAGCUGUCAGGGAGCGCUAAUGCUCGGCGGUCAUCCGGAAUCGCUGCAGAAGCAGGGCUAUCAGUUCGGCAAGCAUCUGUCGCUGGCCUGGCAGGCAUGCAUCGACAUGCAACCGUUCCUGUUGCCGAAGCUUCCGAUGGGUGCUCAGUUCAGCUUGGUGUCCGCCCCGGUACUGUUCCACCUCGAGCACGAUACUGAUCUGUACGAAGAGAUCGAGAAGGGUCGCCGAUCGGUCGACAACAUCGACUACACCAAAGUCCACCAGGCAGUGCUCGAUGGGCCCGGGCUAGAGAAGACAAAAAUUCUUCAGCGCAAGCACAGCCUAGCAGCCAUGAAGGUGCUGAACGAAUUGCCGGCCACAGACGCCCGGAGAGCAUUGCAGAAUAUUAUUCUAGCAAUGCAAGAGUUGUAAGGGAGAUGAGAGUUGAGAGUAGCGAAGAAAAU